AUGGCAGACGCCUGCGUUCCCUGCUCCUCCUGUCCCUCCUCAUCCUCUUCCUUCUCUGACCUCUCCCCUCCACCCUCGUACAGCUCAGACUACGAGAAACGCUCACAGAAGGCCAAGGAAAACCCCCCCUUAAAGACUGUCAACUCACUCGACGACUGGGACGAUCUGGGAUCACCACCCACCGGCGCACAAUUGCCCAACAUGACGCGACGUUCGGCGCGCAACUCGAACAAGCCCAAGCCCCUCAUGCCUUCCCCACCGAGGGUGCUCAAGAGAAAGCCGCCUACCAGAGUUGUGCCCAAGAAGGUCCCGAAAUGGACUACGCAGAAGCUCCUGACGGAUCCAAAGUCGCCGCUCGCCAGCGCCGAUUUACGAGCGAUGCUCUGCCAGCCAGCGGCGUGGGACAUACUCACCAAAGGUGAGCGCGCCGAGAUCGUCGGCCUCCUUCCCGUUGGCACGCGCAUCCUCGACGCCGGCACCGACGACGCCCGUCCGGACUUUGAUGCCCUUCGCAACGACAACAACUUCCGUCACGACUGUGCCACGUACGCCGACAACAUUGCACUGGGGAAGCACGACCCGGAGUGGCUUGAGCAGGCGUGGGGCGCGCGCGAGCGGCGACGGGCGGGCGACUUUGACGGCUAUGUUGCGCAAAAAUUCGAGGAUGAGUGGUCGUGCGAGUUGCCAGAGGGUUUCAGGCCGAACAGGAGUGGCGAAAUGCCGGAUUCCGCUGCGCUUGCGACAGUGAAGGAGGCCCCCGUCAAGCAGAAGGAGGAGUCCACAAACGAGGAGGAGGAUGAGGUCAUUGAUCAGGCUCAGGCGGAGGGAAGUGUCAUCAACCAGGCGGAGGAGAUGAAACAGACGGCUACAGUUGAGGACGUCACAGCUACCGCGGACGCGAAGAAUGACGUUGGCAUGGCAAAGGUCAUUGAGGCCGAGGACCUAUCGGGUGUCAAGCUUGGGUCUCCUAUUCCUGAAGACACCGUGUCGGUGAAGCUUGGUACGCCUACUCCCGAGAUCUCCCCUGUAGAUCUGGCGUCUGCUAUGCCCGAAUCCUCUCAGGUGCCGCUUGGAUGCGUUGCUCCUGAGAACCCAUGCCCAAAGACCGAUCUUCACGGUUCAGGCUUACAGACAGAGAAGCGAAAAGAAAACGAACAGGCAAUUAUGGAAGGAGACGAACAAAAGCCCGUCCUCGAAGAGGAUCUUCGUGCUGGCGACGUUCAAGAGGACGUGAGUGCGCCAGAGCAGCGACCAUAA